CUCUUUCACUCCCUGUAGCCAACAUGGCAGUCGGCAAGAAUAAGAGACUGACCAAAGGCGGCAAAAAAGGUGCCAAAAAGAAGAUUGUCGAUCCUUUUUCCAAGAAGGACUGGUAUGAUGUCAAGGCACCAGCCAUGUUCAACAUCCGCAAUAUUGGCAAGACCUUGGUCUCCAGGACUCAGGGAACCAGAAUCGCCUCUGAUGGUCUUAAGGGACGUGUGUUCGAGGUGAGCCUCGCUGACCUGCAGAACGACGAGGUGGCCUUCCGCAAGUUCAAACUCAUCACCGAGGAUGUUCAGGGCAAGAACUGCCUGACCAACUUCCACGGCAUGGACCUGACCCGCGACAAGAUGUGCUCCAUGGUCAAGAAAUGGCAGACUAUGAUUGAAGCCCAUGUGGAUGUGAAGACCACCGACGGCUAUCUUCUGCGUCUGUUUUGCGUGGGCUUCACAAAGAAGCGCACCAACCAGAUCAGAAAGACGUCCUACGCCCAGCACCAGCAGGUCCGUCAGAUUCGCAAGAAGAUGAUGGAGAUCAUGACCCGCGAGGUUCAGACCAACGACCUGAAGGAAGUCGUCAACAAGAUGAUCCCCGACAGUAUUGGUAAGGACAUUGAGAAGGCCUGCCAGUCCAUCUACCCGCUCCACGACGUCUUUGUUCGCAAGGUCAAGAUGCUGAAGAAGCCCAAGUUUGAGUUGGGAAAACUGAUGGAGCUCCACGGUGAGGGCAGCGGAGCCAGCACCACUGUAAAGGCAACUGGUGAUGACACUGGAGCCAAGGUGGAGAGGGCUGACGGCUAUGAGCCUCCCAUCCAGGAAACAGUCUAAACCACCCUGACAGAUUUAAUAAAAAAUGUAAAUGACCAA